AUGGGUGAUAUUUUCGGCUUCCGCCCCUUCGUCGACCCAUCUAGCAAAGACCCCACCAUCCCCUUCCCCCUCGAUAACAUCGACUUGUCAAAAGUCCCCGAUGAGGCCAUCCUUGCGCUCUUCUCCACAGCCCCCAUCCUCCACCGCUUCGGCGGCACCCAAAUCGUGCGUCUCUCCCGCUCCCUCGUCCUCAAGGGCGGCUCCACCGCCUUUCCCGCCGAAGCCCACGCCAUAACCCUCGCGCGCGAGAAGACGCAGAUCCGUCUACCGGCCGUCCACCGCAUCAUCCCCGGUAAGCCAGACGACGGGUUUUUCGGCGAGAGAUGUUAUAUCGUCAUGGACUACAUUGACGGCGUCGGUCUGGAUGUGAGCUGGGAGGGCCUUGAUGCGGAUAAGCGCGCGGAUGUCGCCAGCCAGGUCGCUGCAAUGAUUGGGGAGAUGGGAAACCUCACCCUACCGCUGGUACCGUGGCCGAUCGGCGGCGUCAGACGCUGGAUGGGCCCGUGGUUCUCGGAUUAUGGCCGCUGCGAGCUGCGAGACGGUGGGGGAGAUGGAGGCGUGGUUUAA